AGAUACGGUCACAGUUGUUCCAGCCAUACUGAUGGGACCAGAGGAUAUGAUUCUGGAGUACAGUGAUGUCCUGACAGCCACAUUCACCUGCACCGCUUUUGGUGGAGACGAUGCUCCACUAGCAAUUGACUGGCUAUCUCAAGCAACAGGAUUUAAUGCCAUUUCAAGAAUUGAUGGCAUUAAUGCAGACAACAGCACUACUAGCUCGAUCACUACUCUCCCUCUUUCACUGAGUGAUAGAGGAAGUAUAUAUACCUGUGAUGUAACCUAUGAAAGUGCACCCGGUGAUGACAAUGAAGCAUCAGCUACUGUGGACAUUGUACCAGCAACUACUGAGGAUCCGCAGAACGUCUUUAUCGGAGUUGGACUAGGGAGAAAUGCCACUUUCAGCUGCUCUGCUUAUGGUGGACCUACUGAAACCAUUCCUUCCCUGGAGUUCACUUGGACUGGUCCAGUUGGUAUUAAUGUCAGUAUUCAAGUGACAGAGGUGGUCGAUGAUAUAGCUACCAAUACUCUGACUCUGGUGAAUGUGACAGAGGAUUUUGAAGGAAACUACAGUUGCUCUGUGGCCUACAGUGACAUACAAAUGAUCACAUAUAUCUCAGAGAUAGCCACUCUCAGUGCUGUCAGGGGUCCUUUAAUCAUCACUGAGCCUCCCAUAGACUCAGUUGAAGAAAGAGGCAACUCCGUCACUUUUUACUGUACUGCAGUAGGCAACGGGACUCUCAACAUCACGUGGCGACUUUCCCUC